CAUUAUAAAUAUGUCGUAAUUAAAAUAGUAUUGUUUAGAGAAUACGGUUGUACAACCACUCCUUGUUUCCAGAAUGAAGGAUUAGUAAAAACAAUGUAAAACACACUACCAACUACCACAAAGGGAACUCAGCGUGGUGUACACUUGUUGCCGUUGACGACCCAUACGUCACACCUCCUGUCAUGUGACAAGGAAAAACAAAUGCGCGGCAGUUACCUAAAUAAUAACAACUCCGAAAUGUGUUGGUCUUUUAGCUUUUAUUUCAGACGAGAAGUCGUUCGGUCUGUAUUCCAGAGGUCUGAUUGCAUAUCAUGCAGGGUCCCGUCGGCAGAAAGCGAGAUCCGAGCUGCAGUGUCAGCUCUGGUGCUGAAAGAAAACAACUUCGCAAAGUUCAUACCAGAAAGAUACCAUACAGAGUGGGAUACAGCUGGAACAAAGGCGGAAGACUCAAAGAACUGAGAAUAAGGCACUUGGCAAGGAAGUUUCUAAGGAUAUGGAUGCAGAACACCUUUGGCCGAAUCCUUCCUCAUAAAGCCAAGUCCCACUGUGACAGCGUGGUUUUGAGACGGGCCUUUGAGGGAUGGAGAGACGAGUGGUGGACCUCGAGGAGGGAGUGGAGUCUUUCAGUGCGGGCCGAUUGUCACUACAGGUAUUAUCUGUAUAACUUGGCAUUCCAUAGCUGGCAAAGCUUUUUGUUGCUGCACAAGGAAAAGAAGAGCAAAGUCCAAAAAGCACAAUCUUUUGCUGACCGGCAGCGGAUGAGCCUGGUCUGGGAACGAUGGAAGGUUUUCAUGGAAAUGAGACAAAUGACGAGAAAGAUGCUUGAAUCCGCCGUUGAGCGGAACAGGCUCGCAACCCUGCAUUCAGCAUGGAGCUUGUGGCAGACUCGACUGCAGCGGUAUCGAGACCUUCACACUUUAGAAGAUCAAACUCUCAAACGGAGUGCACUAACUUUACAGAGCAGGACUUGGCUUCAUUGGAAAGACAUGUAUAGAGCUGCUUGUUGCCAGAAAGAGAAAGAAUCCAAAGCUGCACUUCACUUCAUCCUCAGACUGAAAAGAAAAACAUUAGAUCGUUGGAAAAGUUAUGUGUUGUCUCUCCAAACCAAGAAAACAUCAAAAGCUAUGGCUCAGCGUGCCUGUGACCUCCGCCUGAUGAUGACAUGUUUGAGUGAAUGGAGCAAUGCGUUGCAUCGUAAACGGAAUGAGGAGGAACGUAUGCAAACCGCGAAGCAUUUGGCCAUACGGAGCACCCAGCGAAGAACAUUGGAGCGCUGGAGAGCUUUAGAUGUGUCGUUGUGCAGAGAAGAGGCUGAAAGACACAGGACUGCUAGUGAACAUCAUCAUCAUCAGCUACUGCGUGCUGGUCUGCGGGGCCUUUCUGUCAACAUCAUCAGGAACAGAACGCACCGCCUGAACAACAACAUGGCUGUCCAACAUUACAGUCAAACUAUGACAUGUAGGUAUUGGAGUCUGUGGCAGGACCGUCUGGAGGAGGCUGAAGACGAGAUUUUUCAACCACUAAAAAAAAUGGCGUUGACUAAAUACAGCACGUCCUUGUUGAGCAGCUCUUUACACCACUGGAGAGAAAAACUUGCCAACCAGAGACGCAUGCAGGUAUUGGAGCGCCGUGCAGACCUUUGGUUUGCUGAACGCAUGUUGCCUCUCUGUUUCAAUUCGUGGGUUGAGUCUACACUGCAGAGAAGACUCCAUAAACAGAGGAAACACAAGGCAGAAGUCUAUAAUCAGCAGCGUCAGUACUCGUUGGUGUUUUACACAUGGUGGGGGGAGUCAGAGAAUCACAAACAGCAGAUGCUUUCUGAGCGUUUGGCUAUUUUGCACGAGGAGCGCUGCCUCCUGCAGAGAGCCUGGAGUUGCUGGAAGCUGCGGACAGAGCAGCAAAUGGAUGAAGAGGAGAAAUGGAAAGCUUCAGAGCGUCUCUACAGACACAGACUUCUCCAUAAGACGAUGAAACAGCUGAAGGUCAACAGCACUGAGAUACAAGACAGGAGAAACCGAGAGCAGCAGGCUUUUCAUCGUGGUGACUUGCGCUGCUUGAGAUGGGCUGUGGAGAAAUGGAAAAAGUAUGUUCAGAGCCAGAGAGAGAAGAAAAGCAGACUGAAGCAGAUGCAGCAAAUCUAUGAAGUUAAACUUCUGAAACGCACUUUUGUUGCCUGGAAGAAGCACCACCUGCAGAUGUCUCAGACCUACCGUCACGCAGAGGGACUUCACAGACAACGAAAACAGAACUUUCUCAGGAGGGCACUGUGUGUUUGGAGGGAGAACGCAGUGCAGCGGACAGAGGUCAGGCUCAAGGACCGACAAGCACAAAAUCACUUCCGGCAUUUUCUUCAACUUAAGCUGUUUCGGGCCUGGAGGGAAGCGGCAGCAUGUUCAGUGUCAAAGCGCCACCAGCAGGGGGAAGCAGUCAACAAGGCACAGAGGACGAUAAAUCAAGUGCGGUUGCUGCGGUCUUUCAGACAAUGGAGGAUGCAGACCCAGGAGGCUCGGAUAGAGAGGAUAUGCAUGGACAAAGCCAGGAGAUACCAUGAAUCCAAACUCCUUUCGAGAGCACUGAGAGCCUGGAAUGAGCAUCACAAUCAACAUCAUAAAAAUAAGGUGAUGAGAAGACAGGGAAUCUUUCUGCUGAGAUUAAAGAUGUAUCAGACAUACUUUGAGCUGUGGAAAAUAAAGCUGCAGCACAGACAGAGAGAAGCUAAGCAGACGGAGCGAGCACUCUGGCACUGGUCCCUUUCUCUUCAGGCCAAGGUGUUGUAUGGGUGGAGGCAGACAGUGACAGAGAAGUGCAGAAAACGAGAACAGGCGGCCAGAGCUGCAGAGGUGUACAGAGACGGGCUACUGAGGGAGGGCGUGACGUGCAUCCUCUCAUACGCUUCUCACAUGAACAAUCUCACAACGAGCCUAACACAGUACAGCCAAGAGCAGCGGUCACGUCAUCUCCAGAGAGUGGUGAGGCGUUGUGCAAUGCGAUGGAAGCAGCGGGCGCUCUGUAAACCGCAAAGGGAGCGAGAGGUCAAAGAGCGACUACCGAAGAAGAGCGUUAGCUUCUGUUUUACUACAUCUGGACUGAAGAGUGUUUCCUCAUCUGACUCAGAGGGGCAGGAAGCUAAAGAUGGAGGGCCUAUCAAGCAUACACUCAGCCGCGGGCAUCGACGUCAGCCACGACGCUGCAAGGAACUGUUUGAUUCUCCAAUGACCAUAAACACUCAAAACCAGACUGCAGUCACCAAAGCUCUGAAACCCUCGCUACUCAGCCUUCCUGCACCGGAAGACCAUCAUGCUCGAUUGUCUUCCCUUCAUCCUCCUAAAGUCCCUUUUCCUUCCACACAUCAGAGCGUCGCCAUAUCUAAUAUUUCACCCUGUAAACGCCAAACCCAAAACCAAGACAUUCUUCUACCCCCCUCUGCCUUCAUGACCACAGAAGAAACGUUGGGGAAGACGAACUGCUCAGGUUUUGGAGAUGCUUCACUUCAUCAAUUUGUUCCUCCAUUCAAUCACUCGUCAGCUCACUCGGACGUAUGUCGGAGAGUAUCCAGGGGAGGAACUUUAACAGUCGCUGUCACGGAUCCAACAUCAGCUCUUACCGAAGAGCUGCUCGGCAUCCAGCUGGACAUGAUGACAUUCCAACAGGACAGAAAGCAGCUGCGGGCAUGGCAGAAACUGAAAGAGGUAUUACAAAGUUGGCUGCAGACCAGUGGAGAGGGUGACCACAUGGAAAAAAAUGCUGUUUAUCAAGAGGUGAAGGAGUUGGAGGAAAGUAUUGACAGACUGUCUGCUGAACUGGCAAAGCGGAAACCAUCGAUGCGGCUACAUGCGGAGAGGAUCCAGCAUUUACAGACUGCUCUCCAGGACUCAGGAGUUGCUUUCCUCCGUCGGAAAGUAGAAAAGAUGGAAAGAGAUCCCUCUGUGUUUACAACAUGAAGGAAUAGUGCCUCACACACAGAACGGAUUAAACCUGCGGGUUGAAGACUGACUAAGACUGACAUCAGAAUUGAAUGAGAAAACAACUUGUGCUGUCCUCAGCUUUGAGAAAAAGACUGAUAUCAUUAAGUGCACAUUUUAGUUUGUAUUCCUGUUGAAUAUCAUGUAAAUGGUUGUAAAAUUGACAGAGCCAAUCCAAAAGCAUUAAAGAAAAGUUCCCUACAGCAGGUUUCACGGCUACUUCCACACCUGAAAUCUGAGAAAACUCUGGAUAGGGGUCGCCCUUUGAGACAGAUGGUGCUAAUUAUUUUCCAUAUGUGUGCAACUAGUCACUUUAGAGUUUUCAGAGAGGCUGCCCUUGCACAAUAGUCUUUCUAUUUAUCUGUCAGCACCAGCCCCUUUAAUACUUUUGGAAAUCUAUGCAGGAGUUUCAGGGAUUUAGACUCACAGCUCUCUGUUGAGCUCUCCGGGCUACUUUCAAUAAAUUUGUCCAAAUAUUUGAUCAACAUCAGGUCAGAAUGCGAGGACUUUAUGCCAUUUUACCCUUUUUCAUCUUAGUCAACUGCAUCAGGGGUGAGUUAUGUUACUGAAUUAGUUGAUUUACGUUCAUUGUUGCAUUAUUUCUUGUUCCUAUUCAGACUUAUUGCAUUGUUAAAUGUUGAGUCUUUUUUAUCCCUUUUGGUUGUUCCUGGAAUGAUUGUAGCUGUCGUUCCGUAGCUUUUUGUGGAUGUCAUUAAAACUGAAUCAAAUAUAA